AAGGGCGUCUUCCACUACACUAAUAAUUAACUCCGAACACUUCAGCUAGUUACAUCUACCAUCAUCGACGGCCGCAUUGCCGGCAUCAAUCAAGUUCGACCCGGUUUCGCCGAUCCAUUAAUGUAGCCGGCCGGUAAUUCCACUUGCCCUUUCUUCCCUCCAUUUUUUUUCCCUUUUUGUCUUCUUUUUCUUUUUCGUUUUUUUUUUCCUACUCCGUCGUUCUCAUUUCAUCUCGAACCAAUCCCCAGCCAAGACGCGCCCACAACACUUCUCGGCGGGACCCGACGCCCCCGAACCAUGACCGGACCCAAGACCGGAGCGGAGACCGUAUCCGGGGCCGGACCCGAAACGGGGUCCCCUCGCGCGGACCACGAUGCCAGCACCCCGCUCCUGUACUCAUCCCCGUCGCCGUCCGCGUCCGCGUCCUCGUCCGCCUCGCUGUCUCCGCGGUCGCACCCUCGCAAGCAGAUCGAGAUCGAGGGCGCCUCCUUCACCACCCGCGGCGUCCUCGUCGGGCUCGCCGUCGGCCUGGUCAUCUGCUUCUCCAACAUGUACUUUGGCCUGCAGACGGGCUGGGUCAGCACCAUGAGCAUGCCGGCGUCCCUGAUGGGCUUCGGCCUGUUCCGCCUGCUGCGCGCACACCUCCUCCCCCUCGGCGAAGGCGGCGUGCCCUUCUCGCCCGUCGAGAACGUGCUGGUGCAGACCGUCGCCGGCAGCAUGGCCAUCAUGCCGCUCGGCUGCGGCUUCGUCGGCGUCCUGCCCGCCAUGAACUUCCUGCUGACCCCGGAGGAGCGCGGGCCGGUCGUGCUCGGCUGGCCCAAGCUGAUCCUCUGGAGCCUGGGCCUGUGCUACUUUGGCGUCGUCUUCGCCGUGCCCCUGCGCCGCCAGGUCAUCAUCCGCGAGCGCCUCAAGUUCCCCACCGGGUUCAGCACCGCCGUCCUCAUCAGCGUCCUGCACGGCAAGGCGAGGGACGGCGAGGGCGACACCAGCGGCGGCUUCGCGAGCCUGGCCGUGAGCGAUAAAGACGAGCCCGGCGCCGGGACCGGGGCCGCCGCCGCCGCCGCCGCCGCCGCCAGGGUCGGGGAUGGGGCGGAGGCGGACGGGGAGGGAACCAAGCGUGCCGAGUCGUGGAGGCGGAAUGUGAGGCUGCUGCUUGUCUGCUUCUUGGUGUCGGCCGUCUUCACCCUCGCCACCUACUUCCUGCCCGUGCUGAGGAACGUCCCCGUCUUUGGGUCCGCCGCGGCCACCACCUGGCUGUGGACGCUCAACCCCAGCCUGGCCUACGUCGGGCAGGGAAUUAUCAUGGGCCCGGCCACGACGCUGCACAUGUUGCUCGGCGCCAUCGUCGGUUGGGGGAUCCUCUCGCCGCUGGCCAAGAGCAGAGGGUGGGCGCCGGCGCCCGUCGACGACUGGGAGAACGGCAGCAAGGGCUGGAUCGUCUGGGUCUCGCUCGCCAUCAUGCUGGCCGACGCCAUCGUCAGUCUGGGCUACCUCGCCUUCCGCUCUGCGAGGCAGUAUCUCCCGGAAGCCCAGCUCGUAGCCGGCCGCGUGAAGACGCUGGUCGGUCGCAAGACGCACGCCGGCUAUACCUCGAUCAGCUCCGUCUCCGACGCCGACCGCGCCGCUCCAUCACGCGACCUCGAGGACGGGUCGGCGCCGGAUGACGGCGGCAGACCUGAGGAUGAUGAGGAGGAGGCGCAAGAAGAGGAGGAAGAUGCGCCUCCCGACCAGCAAAUCAGCAACCGUCUCGUCGCCGUCGGCCUCGUCCUGUCCAUUGCCUUUUGCAUCGCCUGUACCCACAUCGUCUUUGGCGAUCUGGUCCCGCUCUACGCCACCGUCACGGCCGUCUUCAUGGCCCUCUUGCUGGGCAUCAUGGGCGUCCGAGCCCAGGGCGAGACCGACCUGAACCCCGUCUCGGGCAUCAGCAAGCUCGCCCAGCUGUUCUUCGCCUUCAUCAUCCCCCAGUCGAACAAGUCGAGCGUGCUGAUCAACCUGGUGGCCGGCGCCGUGUCCGAGGCCGGCGCCCUGCAGGCCGGAGACAUGAUGCAGGAUCUCAAGACCGGCCACCUUCUCGGAGCCGCUCCCAAGGCUCAGUUCUGGGGCCAGGUCAUUGGUGCCACCGCCGGCGCCCUUGUCAGCACCUUCAUCUAUCGCAUGUAUACCUCAGUGUACCAGAUCCCCGGCGAUCUGUUCCAGGUCCCUACCGGGUACGUCUGGAUCUUCACUGCCCGCCUCGUCACCGGCAAGGGCCUCCCGCCCAUGGCCAAGGAGUGGGCCCUGGGCGCUGCCGUCCUGUUUGCCGCCACCACCGCGCUGCGGAUCCGGACGACGGGCACGCGCUGGCACGCCCUCAUCCCCGGCGGCAUCGCCGUCGCCGUCGGCAUGUACAAUGUCCCCUCCUUCACGCUGGCACGCACCAUCGGGGGCUUGUUUGGCUGGUGGUGGCGGUCCACGAUGGGUUGGAAGGACACGCCGCUGAUUGUGCUCGCUUCCGGCUUCAUCCUUGGCGAAGGCUUCUUGAGCAUUGUGUGUCUGAUCAUGGAAAGCGCCGGCGUCCCUCAUCUCGCAUAGGGAUGGAGACAGAUGCCUUGGCCUGAUCGAGUUGGAGUCCCGGAUCGACGGGCAUCAAAAGCGACUCUGGAGAACGUGUUUCUUUUAAUGGCGUUGAAGAUGGGGGGAACAACUU